CGUACCCCGCUCCCGAGACAAGGUGUCCGGGGGAGCAGGGCUGGGCACCCUGGUGGGGAUGAGGCCAUGCCGACUGGAAAUGAUCCCAUCGCGCUUCCCCACAGUCCCCUGACAUCAUCCACAACCCUUCCUGACAUCAUCCCCAGACUCCCCGACAACACCGCCCUCCUUGGCCACGGCGGAGACCCCCCGGAGCCUGUGCCGCUGGGAUAGGGACCCCGCGAGGCUCGUGAUCCCUCUGGGAGCAACCUGGUCCUGCUGCACUUGGGAAGGGGACAGGGGAGCCCGUCCAUCCGUCCCACCCAGGAUGCACCCCAAAGGCUCCAUGGGACAAAGACCCAUCCCCUUGGUCGCCACCGCUACUGCGUGGGGGGCGAUCGACGAUCGCUACCGGACCGCGAGACCCCCGGCCCGGCCUAGCCCCGCCCCGCCGCCAUGGAGUUCCCCGCCGUUCUCUUCCCCUCCUACUUCGGCGCCGGCCCGCCCCGGGAGGAGGGGGGCCCCGCUCUGGCCGCCGGCUGGGGCGAGCACGGGCAGGUGCUGGAGGCCGGCCCCGGCCGCCGCCAGGCCGAGAGGACGUUCGUGCCCCGCCACGGCAGGACGGGAGAGAGCUGGGAACCCACCGAGGCUGCUGCCGUGCCCUUCUUGACCCCCAGCGCGAGCUGCUGGGUCCCCUCGCUCACACCUCAGGACAUCCUCUACCGCAGCGUUCUGCACAGGAAGCUCUGGACCGGCAAGUCCAGAGCCACUCUGGACUUCACCAGGCAGCUGGGCCACUUCUUUGUGGAUCACCCAGAAGAUGCAUUUGGCUCCCUGGGGCGGCUGCUGCACAAGAACUUUCACCUGGGCAACUCAAAACUGAGGAGAAAGGCCCGGGACAACACCAUCCGGAUGACGGCCCUGAUGGAGGAAAUUGACCGUCUGGAGGCCAGGCGUGGCUGCCCCCGGCAGUACCUCACCUCCCGCCUGCGCUGGUUCUCCCACCUCAGCCGUGACUGGCUCUUUGAGGUGCCGCUGGGGCUGCUGGCGGACUGCGUGCACGAGGAGCUGCUGCUGCAGUGGGCCAGUCUGCUUUUUGAUGACAGUCCUACAGGGGGGGCACUGGCCUGGCUGCCCCCUGAGGAUGUAGGGGCUCGCAUGGGCUGCCUGGUGUACCCUGGAGGGCAGGCCAUGAACCAGCUCUAUUUCCAGGACGUGGUGCUGGAGGAGCUGCCUCACAGCCGGGGCUCCCCAGCACAGUUUGAGCUCAAUGGGCGCAUCUGGCAAGUGUCCGCUGCCCGGGUGGACGGGGAAGGUUUUGUUGGUGUCCGCUCGGACUAUCACUGCGGCGUUUGGAGAGUGUCGGGUAGGACAGGGGCGGCUCCUGCCCCACUGCAGGUCAUCCGCACCAGCAUGCCUGCCUCCUGCAUCACCGUCAGCCCUCAUCUCCCCGGGGAGCUGGCUGUCUGCACACAGAGCGGAUCUGUCUACCUCUGGAGCGUUGAGUUGGGGCUGCAGCGGCUCCGCCAUGACCCCCAGACCAUGUUUUUUCGGGACCAUUCGCCCUGGCGCUGGAGCGACUUCACCGCCCACCCACGGGUGCUGAGCUGCGCUGACCGCACUGGCCUACAGUGCCUGGACGCCCGGGUCCCUGAGCGAUGCCACUUCGACUUGUUCAAGGUGGGUGAGGAAGCCGGCUGCCGGCAAGGCGAGCGCGUGGUGCUGCCCAUGUACCUGGGCAGGGCUCACCCCUCCCAGCACCUCAUCACCACCCAGUUCUCUGUAUAUGUGCUGGACGAGCGCUUGCCACUGGUGCCUGUGCUGAAGUGGGCUCACAUGAUGAAGGCCCCUCCUCUCUUUGCCCACCUGACGCCAGGGGGCCCUGGGAGGAGCCAUAAGCUGCUGCUUGGUGCAUCCUGCACCCAGGAGCUGCUGCUGCUGCAAUACCAGGGGGGCAGCCGGUCGGCCUGCCAGCUGGCAGGGCCUCCACAGAAGCUGCACAGCAUCUCCAGCUGCCUGGAGCACCUGCCCACCCAGCUCCCGCACCGCCACCGCUUGCUCCAGCAGCGCCUCAGUGCCCCAGCUGCCGGGCUGGCUGCUGUGCUGCAGGAGGAUGGGCAGCGGGAGUCCCUGCUGGUUUUCCAGCUCUCUGAGGCUGGGGAUGUCUUCUGCCAGAGGCUGACCCAUGAGGCGGUGCAGCCCCCUAAGCCCACCUCGAGGGACGAGGCCACGACAGCCCCUGGCUCUUCCCCUCUCUUCGAGGCUCCAGCCAGCAGCCCGCUGCGCUCAGGCACUGAGGGAGAAGAGGAGGAGGAGGAGGAGGAGGAGGAAGAGCAAACCUUCUACUUGUCCAAUGUGGAAGUGAUUAUCAAUGAGGAGGAGGAGUGGGAUGCAAGCACGCCAGUGGCUCCACAGGAAGCCGAGGUCCCCCAGGAGUCCUGUGCCAGCCCUGAGCCUGCCCGGGCAGUGCCCAGCCCGGCUGCAGCCCUGCGGUACCGCCGCUGGCUGAAGGCUCUUUCCAAGGGCUGUGGGGAGCCCCCCCGACACACCUGGCCCCCCACCCUCAGCCAGAAGCGCCUCUUCACCCGCAAAGAGCUGGAGGUGCUGGCAGUCCCCAGCGCCCUGCAUGAGCAGGCACGGCAGCGACUGCGCCAGGCCAUGCAGGAAGGGGGUCGCAUACAGCGCUGGGACACGCCGGACCCCCAACCCCCUCCCCUGCCGCAACCCCUGGAGCCAUCAGGGAGUCCGGACCCCCUGAGUGCUCGUCUGACAGCGGCCUGGUCAGGGGAUUGGGAAAAGUGGUGGGAUGAGAGGACGAGUUUCAACAUAGCGCAGAGGCAGCGCGCAUUGCGGGAACGGCGGCGGCGGCAGAAGCGAGCUCGUGGCCGGCGCAGCCUUUCGGCUAGCUUCACCUCCUCCCUUACCUACCAGUCAGAGCUGUCGGAGCUGAGUGACGUGGCCCCCACGACGCUUUCCCCUGGGCAGCCCCCUGUGCUCCCACGGGAGGGCUCCCCACCGGGCAGCUUCCCCGUGGCAUCACCAGCUCCCGACGAAGCCCUGCUGUCUUCCCAGAGCCUGCGCUGCCGCGGCAUCCCCAAGGAGCGGCGGAAAACGCUGCGGGAUUACCUGUCGGUGUGGGCUGAGGCUCCCCCUGAGCCCUUUGAGCUCCCCAGCAGCCAGGCCAGCCAGCUCUGCAUCCCCUCCUCACAGAGCCAGCUCUCCUCUGCCUCACAGCCCCGCCGCAAGCGCCCACGCAUGGGCUUCUGAGCCUUCAAUAAACCCCACGUGG